GAGCUCGAGGCAGCGCUGGCAAAGGACCUCGCGAACUGCGGCGCCCAGGCCCAGAAAAUACAGGAAGAGUCCCAGAAGGGUUUGCAGAUGGCGAUCGACCGGGUGGAGAAGGUGGCUGCGGUGAAGCGGGAGGCCCAGGAGAAGCUCGCGGAGGCAGCGAGGCUGCGAGAGGAGGCCAGGAAGUUUGCCGAGGAGCUCCUGAAGGAGCUGGAGUCGCUCGUGGACGAGGCGGAGAAGGCGGUCAAGACGCUGAAGGACAAGGCGGAGCCGCUGAAGGACGCGGCGGACAUGUCGAUGAAAUUGGUGGAGAAGACCGCCAAAGUGGUGGAGGAGAAGGGUGACAUCGCCAGAGCGAAGAUGAAAGCAGCUGCCGACUUCGUCAAGGAGAACAGCGCAAAGAUCAAGCUCCCGCCGAAGCUGCCCGCGAACCCGGGUGCGAUCGACACCGGCGCGGCGCUCGCGAAGGCCGUGACCAGGAACUCGGUGUGCACGAAGGAGUGCAACGAGGCACUGGCGUUCGCCAAGACCACCGUUGCGAAGAUGGGGAAGAAGGCCGAGGCCAAGAAAAAGAUGGACGUUCUGAAUACCAGUUUCGCCAAGUUCGACAAGGAUGGCGACGGACUCCUGAGCAAGCCCGAGGUUCCUUCGCGUGGCUGGGACGUGUGGUGCUGCGGCGUCGCGGAGUUCCCGGACUGCCUGCUGGACGCCACCACCACCCGCCUGCCCGCGGAGCGCCACCGGCCGGCUGCACCUCGGGCCGCGGGUGGCACGGCACGGGCCGCGGAGACGGAGGAGCACGGGAGGGGCAUCCGCCCGUGCCGUGGCCACCACGGCUGGCCUGCGGCCCACGAGACUCUCGGCCGGCUCGGCGAGGGCGCGGAGCCGCAGGGCGGCUGCGUGCGCCGGAGGCACGCGCAGCUAGAUGCGGCGCUCAUCUGCGGACUCGCCGCGCAGCGCCUUCUGCCUGCAAUCGGGCGCUUCCAGGAGGAGCCGGGGCCGCUGACCGAGGACGCCAAGGCCUGA